AUGGCAUCAAAGCUGCCAGAUGUCACGUCCAUCCAGGCGCUCCCUGCCGAGGAGAGAGCAGCCAUCCUUGACCUCCUAUUCGAACCAAGUACACAAUUGCAUAAGCUCUCAGUCCCGCUUCUACAGCAGCAAAAGUUUUCCUCAUACGCCGAUCUGAUCUCGGCCGUGGGCGUACAAUUGACCGAGCUCUCCGAAUCUUCCUCCAGUUCAGAUACGACUUKGCUGGAAAGCAUUCUGGGCUCGCAUCCACGGCUGGGUGCGAAGAAAGUCGAGAGCGCACAGUCGCAAGCGGAACAAGCACAGCUUCACGGUACCUCCGAGGAGUCUGAGCAGCUUCGCUCUCUCAAUGAAGAGUAUGAGAGGAAGUAUCCAGGAUUGAGAUACGUGGUCUUUGUAAACGGUCGGAGCCGGCCUGUGAUCAUGGAGGACAUGCGUCAGCGUAUCGACAAUGGUGAUAUGGUGUCGGAGCGAGCAAAGGCAAUCAGGGCAAUGUGCGAGAUCGCCGCGGAUCGAGCUUCGAAGCUGUCAUAA